AUGAAACUUUUCCAAAAUACUUCAAAUUUUGAAUAUCCAUGGGAACAAGUAAGCACAGCAAACUGGAACAAAUACCCCAAUGAAGUAUCCACCCAUGUAAUCGCAGUAGAUGUUCUUCGUAGAGAAUUAUCAAAAACAGAUCCAAACGUCCUAAUAACAGAAAGAUUAAUCACUGUAAAGCAAGGUGUUCCCAAAUGGAUCAUGUAUUUGAUUGGUGCUGGUGAUAAUACAAGUUACGUGAGAGAAGUAUCCACAGUGAAUAAAAAGGAUAAGACUUUGGUUUUGAAAAGUUGUAAUUUAACCAUGUGUAACAUUUUGAAAGUUUUUGAAACUGUUAAAUAUUCUCCUCAUCCAAUGGACCCUAUUAAUAAGACUUUAUUCGAACAAGAAGCUCAAAUUACAGCAUAUGGAGGAUCUUUGGGGCGGAUUUGUAGUAAGAUGGAGGAUUGGAGUAUAAAUAGAUUUUGUGAGAAUGCAAAGAAGGGGAAAAUUGGGUUUGAAUCUGUUUUGAAAGAAUUUCAUGAAAAAUUAAAGUCAAAAGUUGAUGAUUUGGAUUUGGAUUUGGAUUUAGAUCUGGAUUUGGAUUUCGAUUUAUCUUCUACUUCAAAUUUGAUAGUUAAUAAAAUGAAUGAUGCUAUGGAAGAUGUUAAAUCUACAGCAACGAGUAUGUUUAAAGAAACUGAAAAGAAAUGUUCCAUCUUAUCAGAUUAUUACGAUUUGUUCAUCGAUACUUUUGAAAAAGAUUUACAUCAACAAAAAAAUUAA